UGGAGACAACACCAAGCGUAUCAAGUGUAAACUUGGUUUAAAACACAUGACGGAUAAGUGAUCGCACGCUGGCUGAAGAUAAGGCAUCAUUAGCAAGGAAGAGUUCCAGAGCAUGAACAUCAACACCUACAAUCGCACGGAGGAGGAACAAAAGGAGCCUCUGAUAAACGCCGAUUCUCCUGUUUACAAGCUUGGCCUCCGCCUGGAAUCGAUGGAAGUAAAGCUGGUGCACUGUUACUUCCACGACAGAUGGCUUGCAAGCGGCAUCGAUGGUGACGUUGCUGCAGCCCGCGCUCACGCACAGUCGUACGUGCGUUCGAUCCGUAUUUGGGGGAGCAGCGUGCUUCUACAGGGUCUAUCCGAUAGCCGCACUCCGCAUGAGAAAGCAAAAAUCGUCGAUGCCUUCUUUCAGAGUUACGAGGAUGACGUGGCUAAGAAUCCGAGAGACCACGGCAUGGACUUCAUUGUUAACUACCUUCGUAUAAAAAAGCUGGAAUAACAUAUAUAUUAUAAAUGAAUGUGAACGCAUGGGGAGAGAUUGGUAGCGGGUGCGAUUAAACAUUUAUAAUUAUUGUAA